GAUGGGCUCGAUAUUUAAAGCGGAAUUCAAUCGACGGUCCAUAAUAAACGAACUGAAUUCACACCAGAAGAUUCUUCCUAUCGCUUGCGUGGUUUUCAAGAAGACAUUAUGACCAGCUAUAUUGACAAAGGACCUCGGCCCGUCGGAGGGAAAUUCCUCAGUUUCGACCACAUAAGAUUCUGGGUGGGAAAUGCGAAGCAGGCUGCCAGUUUCUAUCGAUGCAGGAUGGGCUUCAAGCCUUUGGGAUAUCACGGUUUGGAGACUGGUUCGAGACGAACAGCCGCGCACGCCGUCGUGCAGAACAAAAUCAUAUUCGUCUUUGAGUCUCCGUACGAGCCUGACAACGAAGCGAUGUCGAAGCAUCUCUCCCGACACGGGGACGGCGUGCGGGACGUGGCGUUCAGUGUCGAAGACAUCGACACUAUCGUGAAGGUUGCUAAGAAGAGAGGCGCUGAAAUAGUGCGCGACAUAUGGGAGGAGAGCGACAAGCACGGCACCGUAAGAAUGGCUACCGUGAAAACCUACGGUGACACGCUCCACACGCUCGUUGACAGAACGAAGUACGGAGGCUUCUUCCUGCCUGGCUUCGUGAAAGCGCCGGAGGACGUUCUUCUCAAACAAUUGCCGCAGACACAUUUGAAUUUCGUGGACCAUGUGGUGGGUAAUCAGCCCGACAAACUGAUGGAACCCGUUGCGAAAUGGUACGAGGAGUGCUUGCAGUUUCACAGAUUCUGGUCGGUGGACGACACGCAACUGCACACGGAGUACUCCGCGCUGCGGUCCAUCGUAAUGACAAAUUGGGAGGAGACAGUGAAGAUGCCGAUCAACGAGCCCGCGCCAGGAAAGAAACGAUCUCAGAUCCAGGAAUACGUGGAGUACUAUGGUGGUGCCGGCGUGCAACACAUCGCUCUUAAUACCAGUGAUAUUAUCACAGCGAUUACAAAUCUGCGCGCCAGAGGAAUGGAGUUUCUCAAUGUGCCCGACAGUUAUUACGAUAUGCUCACAAACCGUCUGAAGGCCAGUGGCACGAAAAUCGUGGAAGACUUGGAUACACUGCAGAAAUUAAAGAUAUUGAUAGACUACGACGAGAACGGCUAUCUUCUACAAAUAUUCACGAAAAAUAUGCAAGACCGGCCGACUUUGUUCAUAGAAGUCAUACAGAGACGCAAUCAUAAUGGUUUUGGCGCCGGAAACUUCCAAGCAUUGUUCGAAGCUAUCGAAUUAGAGCAAGCGAAACGUGGGAACUUGUAGAAAUGUCUAUGUUACUAGGAUAUUUGUAGAAUAUUACAACCGUUAUUGGCAUAAUCACGUAAGAGAGCAGGGGGAUGAGUAUUUUUGUACUUAUAAUAAAUAUAUCGCGCUACUUAUAGCUUUGUAUGAUAAAAUAUCACAUUAAGAAUAUAUUAUGCUAAACUCA